CAAAGUCAUAUUCUCCUAAGUCUUGUUUCCUCUAAAUAUUUUGUUACUACUCCAAAAAUUAUUGUGUCCAUUUUUAUUCCAAGAAAAUUCCUACCCUUUUUAAUUCUUGAUUAGUUCUUGAAUUUUUGCCUUUUGGGGUUUCUUUUUUUUUUUUUUUUCAAAUGGAAAAGGGAAAUUUGUUCAUGAAUGAUGAUGACACUACAAUGGGUAGUAGCUAUGAACAUCUUCAAAAUUGCUUCUUUAAUUCCAAUUUAGAUACCAACAAUAAUAAUAAUAAUUCUGAUCCAUUUGAGUCAGCAUUAAGUUCAAUGGUAUCUUCCCCUAUUACAAUUCCUAAUAAUAAUAGUAGUAGUGGGGGUGAUAAUUUUGUGUUGAGGGAAUUAAUUGGUAGACUAGGUAGUAUUUGUAAUUCAAGAGAAAUGUCACCAAAUUCUUAUAACAUGAAUAAUAAUAAUAGUAGUAACAAUUCUUGUUAUAGUACACCUUUGAAUUCUCCACCAAAAUUGAAUCUUUCUAUGAUGGGGAAUUUGCCACCAACACAAUUCACUACUGAUCCUGGAUUUGCUGAAAGGGCUGCUAGAUUUUCUUGUUUUGCAACAAAUUUGGAAAGUGGACAACUUUCAAGAGUUUCAAGUAACCAUUCCAUCAAGAUUCAAGAAUUCAAAGAUGUCAAUUUGCUUCAAAGAAAUUCAGAAUUGGGAGAUUCAAGAGAGAAUUCAUCAGUUUCUGACCAAAUUAUUGGUCAAAAUGAUAUCAAUUCAAGAAAAAGGAAAUCAAUUUCCAAGGGAAAAUCAGCCAAGAUUGCCAAUGAGAAAAAUGAAUCAAAUGCCAAAAGAAGCAAGUCUGAGGAAAAUGAAAAUAAAGUAGCAAAAGAAGAGGAAAAAGCUGCUUUAGAAGAAAAUAAAGACAACCAAAAGGCACCAGAGCCACCAAAGGACUAUAUUCAUGUGAGAGCCAGAAGGGGACAAGCCACAGAUGCACAUAGUCUAGCCGAAAGAGUGAGAAGGGAGAAAAUUAGUGAAAGAAUGAAGCUUUUACAAGAUCUUGUACCAGGCUGCAAUAAGGUGACUGGAAAAGCUGUGAUGCUUGAUGAGAUUAUUAACUAUGUACAAUCACUUCAACGCCAAGUUGAGUUCCUUUCAAUGAAAUUAGCUACUGUGAAUCCAAGAAUGGACUUUAACAUGGAAGCUCUUCUUUCCAAGGAUAUGUUUCAAUCUAGGGGAUCAUUGGCACAUAACAUGUAUCCAUCAGAAGCUUCAACACAAGCAUUUCCCUAUGGAUUUCAAUCUCAGCCAAACCAAAAUUUUCAUAAAGGAGCAGAGUUUCCCUUCCCAAUUAAUUCAUUGAAUCCUAAUUUGAUCAGAAACUCUAGCAUGCAAUUGCCUCCUCUAGAUGGUUUUGUUGAGCCUACCCUUCAGGUCCCCACAUUCUUUGGGGAUGAUCUCAAUAGUGUUGUUCAAAUGGGAUUUGGCCAAAAUCAGAACCAGAGUUUUCCAAGUGUAGAAGGUAAUGUACCUAAUUCUCAAAUGAAAGUUGAACUAUGACCCCAAAAAGGUCAAUUGAUGCAUUUAUUUGAGGCCCCCAAAUGAGAGAGGCUUCCUGUACAUAGAGAGAAGAUUCACGAUUAAGAACUAUUCAGAGCAAAUAUCGAAUUCAAGAAAGAAGAAGAAAAAAUAUAAGUGAUAUUUUUUCUCUUCCAAAUUCUUGAUCUAUUUAAGUGAUUAAUUUGGCUGAUUCUGAUUAUUGUUAUUAUUACUAUUUUAAUUAUUUCCUUUUCUCCAUGUAAUUCUUACUACAAAAAUUGGAGAGGCAAUUAGCAAACUCUACCAAGAUUUGCACUUUGUAAAAUAUUUUGUAGUCUCAUUUGGUAAGAAAUUGUAUUUGGGAGGGUUGAUGAUAGAUGGAUAUAUAUGUACUUUUCUUACCAUUCUAAUUUUAUCACUAAUUCAUUGAAGACAAAAUUGUUAUA